AUGCGCUCUUACUCCGGCUGUUUGACUUGCAAACGUAGGAAGUUGAAAUGCGACGAGUCUAAGCCGGCUUGUUACAAGUGUGUUAAAGCGUCUCGGAGCUGUGUCUAUGGCGAACAAUCUAUAUUCCGGAGCCAGGAGGUUGACUCAACGCCAGAUCGCAAAAGAAGAUGUACUAGCGAUCAGCGAGAGAAGCAGGUUGGCGAGAACAGGGAGCAAACUACCUGGGUAGAUCUUCCGGGUGAAUUCACGUUUGUUCAGGUCGAGGACCCCGGAGAUAUCGAGAGCUCAAGGGUCAUAGAGGCCAGUGAGGCAACUGUGGAUGAUGAAGAAAGUGGCACAGGAAGGGCGAUAGAUGCUGGCGAAGGAUAUGGGGCUCCUGGAUCCCGUCCAGCGUCGCAUUGUGCUCCUGUUGCGACACCUUCCUUUCACCGUACAACGGCUAGUGGUCAACAUACACCGCGGCCGAAUGAUUCGUCUAUCUACUCUAGCAACCAGACAGAGUCUGACUCUUUCGAGAAAGUUCUUGUCGCAUACCUCUUGCGCCAUUUCAAGCAAGGCCCAGGCCAGUGGAUGGAUCUUUUGGACACUACGUCGUACUUUUCAUCCAAAGUGCCUGUCAUCGCGGCAUCAAAAGCUUUAUUGAGAUCCGCGGUUUGUGCCCUCUCUGCAAAGCAUCUAAUGCAUGCCUGUCGAGUCAUGAGCCAAGCUGGUGCGAACCACAGGUUCUUUCCCAGCUAUAUCGGCCUUCCUUCCUCUAAUGAAGAGACAUGGCGAUAUCACUCCGCAAGAUACUACGACCAAGCCCUCGGACAUCUCAAGGUAGCCGUGACAUCAGAAUCGUAUUCUAACAAUUUACCGGACAAGGAGGAAAUGCUUGCGGCCGUCGCGAUCCUCUGUACCUUCGAGCUUAUGGACGCCCCUGGUAGCGCAUGGAAAGCCCAUCUGAGUGCUUUGCCGCUCUUCGAUGAUAGACCAACUUCUGUGUCAGGCCAUUCUUCAGUCGUCAUCCCCCAGACGGCUAUAAAAGGUCCAAUAUUCUGGAGCCUGGCGAGGCAAGACUUGCUAUGUGCCUUUAUAAGCGAGACCGCAACCCGGCUGGACUUGAAAGAUAUGCGUCUUUGGCAGAACGCAGGAUUGGCUACAGACGAGAAUGGAGAGCUUCUACCCUACAGUCCACUAGACGUGAUGGAGAGCCAGAUUUCCUCCGCAUUCGAGGAAGACAUGAAGAGCAACGAGCUCACCUGGAUUCUUGGUAAAAUUGCCAACUUUCUCACUGCAGGGGACGCUUUGGUGCCGGGGAUCAAUGCGUUACCACCCUGCCAACGGCCUCUGAUCGGGCUCAAUCAGGAGCAUCUUUUAGAACGAUGGAACCUGCUGAUGACCGACUUGGAUCGAUGGCACGAUUCUCUUCCUGCAUCCUUCCGUUCGACGGCUCGGACCCGAAGACUGGGCAGUGCAGCUCCAGGUCUUGGGCUGAGCUUUGACACGUUCGAGCAGAUCUGGUUCGACGUGCCACUGUGCGCAGCAACGAUCCAAAGCUAUCAUCAAGCCAAGAUAUUAUUAUUGGCCAACGAACCGCAAGAAUCAACGGCGAUUCGCUCAACCGUCUCAGCACGCCUGAGAUCCUAUCGCCAUGCACUUCGAGAGGUCAUCUAUCAUGCCCGGGAGGUCUGCGGUAUCAGUCUUGCCAAUCCGACAGAUCCGUUCCGGGUCCAUUCCGUCCAGGCCUUGUUCGUGGCAGGGCAGGUCUUCCAGGAGCGUCACGAGCAGGACGCGGUCCUUGAAUUACUCUCUGGAAUCGAAAGGGAUCUUGGAUGGACUACUAGAUAUCAUAUAGCGAAGUUGAAGGAUGAGUGGGCGAGAGGGAGAGAAGGGAAUCACGUUGACCGUGAUACGCAGGGCUAUGAGUCCAACUGGUUUAUCUCCUAG